AUGUCUCUCUCUGGUGUCCACGCCCAGGAGCCGCAGCGCGACGCAGAUGGAGCGUCCUCCUCGGAGACGCUGCCAUCACCCACCCCCGCGCCAGGGACGGAGCCGCAGAAGGACCCGUCUUCCAACUUCGCCGUGGUCGGAGGCACGAAGGACUUCGGCUUCCUUCCUAUCCCGAAGAGUCUGCAAUAUGACCCACAACAUCCGGCACAUUUUGGACUGGCGAUGAAUGUUACGUUCGGGCUUGCCAGUACAUUCAUUGUGUCGAACCUGUACUAUUGCCAACCGCUGCUCAUUCAGUUCGCCCAGUCGUUUGGCGUAACAUACCAUGAAGUCUCCAAUAUCCCCACGCUUGUUCAGGCUGGCUAUGCUAUCGGCCUCCUAUUCAUUACUCCUCUCGGCGACCUUGUCCGACGACGGCAACUGCUCCUGCUGCUCGCGGCAACAACAGCCUCACUCACUAUAGGUCUCGCGAUCACCAAAAACCUCGUCGUGUUCGAAGUGCUGUCAUUCCUGAUCGGCAUAGGCAGCGUCACGCCGCAAAUCCUGAUGCCCCUCGCAGCGGAUCUUGCGCCACCGGAGCGCCGCGCGUCUGCGCUCUCCAUCGUCCUCUCCGGCCUGCUAUUCGGUGUGCUCAUCGCUCGGGUCCUCGCGGGCGUCGUCGCGCAAUUCGUGACCUGGCGCGUUGUGUACUUCAUCGCGAUCGGCGUGCAGUACGGCGUGCUCGUCAUGCUCUACUUCAUGCUCCCAGACUACCCCGCGAAGAACAAAGGCAUCACGUACUUUGGCAUCCUCUACAGCAUGGCGAAGUACACGGUCACGGAGCCGCUGCUCGUGCAGGCGAUCCUCAUCACCAUCCCGUCCAGCGCGUGCUUCACAAACUGGUGGGUCACGCUCACGUUCCUAUUGGGUGGGCCGCAGUACAACUACUCUACAAUUGUUAUCGGCUUGUUCGGCCUCGUCGGGAUGGUGGGCGUCGCCACGGCGCCAUUCGUCGGGCGUACGAUCGACGGGCUCGUGCCAUGGUCCGCGACGCUCGUCGCGAUCUCCAUGCUCACGCUCACAUUCACGCUCCAAACGGCGGCGGUCGGGCUCAACGUCGCCGUCGUUGUCAUCGUCUGCAUCGGGCUCGACGUCUUCCGGCAGACGCAGCAGGUUUCGAUCACGACGGCUGUGCUCGGCCUCGAGCCGAAUGCACGAUCACGCCUGAACGCGGUUGUCCUCCUUUCUCUCUUCAUCGGGCAGGUGAUGGGCACCGCCGUAGGGUCUAAGGUUUACACAGACCACGGCUGGCGGCCGGACGCCUCGCUCAACCUCGCGUGGACCGUCUUCUCCCUGAUUGUCCUGCUUGCGCGUGGACCGCAUGUCCCGCGGUACACAUGGUUCGGGUGGUCCGGCGGCUGGGAGCUCCGGAAGAGCAGAGUCGUGGCGCGGCAGCAGGCCGAACGCGAUGCAGCCGCGAAGGACUUGGAGUCUGCAGGCGACGGUGCGGCCGUAGAAGACAAGGGCGCUUCGGACGAGAAGCGAAGGAGUGCGGAUGAGGCGGAGGAGCGAGAACGGGAGCGUUCCGCGGAGAAGCGGGGGGACGAGGCUGUAUGA